AAGUAAAACUUCUCUCUGGGAAGUAACUCCAUUAUUGUGCAGUAGCUGCUAAAGCAUGCUGUUUUCUUAUCAACUCACCUUCUAAAAUACAACAAAAAUCUGAUUAUUCAGGAGGAUAGAAGUGUGAAGUUCAUCUGAGGUCAUCACCAGGAGAAGAAAGGAAAAGAAAAUGUCCAGAGGAACAAACGCAGGUUUCGACCGACACAUCACCAUAUUCUCCCCGGAGGGCCGCCUCUACCAAGUCGAGUAUGCCUUCAAAGCCAUCUCCCAGAGUGGGUUGACAUCUGUUGGGAUCCGGGGGACAGACAGUGUUGUGGUGAUCACACAGAAGAAAAUACCUGACAAGCUGCUGGACUCUUCCACUGUGACCAACGUGUUCAAACUCACCCCUCGCAUUGGCUGUGUGAUGACUGGGCACGGCGGGGACAGUCGCUCCCAGGUUCACCGGGCUCGAGCGGAAGCAGGAGAGUGGAAAUAUAAGUUUGGUUAUGACAUCAUGGCAGACAUGUUGUGUCGCAGGUUGGCGGAAAUCUCCCAGGUCUACACACAAAACGCCGAAAUGAGGCCUCUUGGCUGCUGUAUGAUCAUGGCGGCCAUCGACCCCCAGCAGGGUCCUGUCCUGUAUAAGUGUGACCCCGCAGGUUACUACUGUGGCUUCAGAGCCACAGCAGUCGGGGCCAAGCAGACGGAGGCCAACAGCUACCUGGAGAAGAAACUGAAGAAAAAGCCAGAGCUGACCCACGACAGGGCCGUACAGAUGGCUAUAACAUGUCUGUCCUCUGUCCUGUCCUUGGACUUCAAGGCCAGUGAGCUGGAGAUUGGUGUGGUCACCAAGGAGAAACCUAAGUUCAGGAUGCUGUUGGAGGAAGAGAUUGAAGCCCACCUGGUUGCCAUAGCAGAGCGGGAGUAAAGGUGCCCUCACAAACUUCAGACCACGAUCCAACAUAGUGUUUUUUAUUUUUAGUGUGCUUUUUUUUGGACCGUUUUAGCAGCACUGUUAGCAACAGUCUUAAAAUAAAAAUGCACACCUGUGUGUCCAGGAAGGUUAAUCAUGCACACCUGGAGGAGCAACUCUGUUAUUAAAGAUUGAUAAAUGUUUGAUCCUAGUCAUUCACCAGACAUUUCAAGUGGGCCGUUUUAAAAAAAACAACAACACAAAAAUAAUGCAAUGUUCAAUUUCUAGCACAUGAAACACAAGCAAAACAUUCCACCAUAAUACUCUGCAACAUAUCUCCAUGUUUGAAAUACAAAUGUUUCUGGAUCCUAGUUAUUUUGUAUGACUUUAGCUGGUUUUGUUUGGAUGUGUACAGAAUCUUUUUCACACUUAUUUACUGUAUGUUUAUAACACCAGCCUUGUUGUCUUCUCCACAUUUGCAAUAAAAGAAACAUCCAUCAGACUCAUUGUCAACCCCUUUAAAACAACAGUUAUAAUAAAAUAGAACUG